AUGAAAUCACCUUAUUUUUCCAGUGAAAGAUGGUACAUGAAGCCUUGUAAGCAUAUGCAUUUGCUCCAUAUCCAUAUGUCAGGCUUUGCUUUCUUGUCUGUGCUUCCUGCAAAUAAUGUGCUGCCAAUCACAAUUUCUGGUGAGCAGUUUGUUAAUGACAACACUAUGUCAAUUGAUGACACAACGGAGAGAACUGGGCAUGGGUAUGCCAUAGAGGCAUUUGAGUAUGCAAAGAAUUGUUUGUUAACAACUAGACAUAAUGAGCAAGACUUAUAUCAACUGAUGCAGUAUGCUACAGAAGAGGAAGCAGAGAUUAUCAGAGCAGCAUAUGCUGCUCCCAUAAAGGCUUUUCAAGAAAUCAAAGCUAAAUAUGAAGCUCAUUUUAGAACUUUAAAUACACAAUGUCAUUAA